GUCCGUGUUUUUAUGUGCACUCUGCAGGCUCACUGACGCUUUCAUCCUCACUGAAUGAACUCAACGCUCACCAUAAACGCAAAGUCAUACCAAACAACGGAGCCGGAGCGUGUGGAGCUACACUUACAUUAUUAAUAGUCUCACGGCCAUAUUUUUAAUACAGUGGGCUGAAAAUGGAGGUCAGUACCAUCGCGAAUUUGUUUAUCGAGCAUGCUACGACUCUGAGGAUGCACACAGGGAACUUAGUGAACCGCUGUUGGCUCAAGAAUAAGUGUCCGUCUUCGCCAAGUGAAGAGCUUCAAGAUUGCAUCAGAGGAACACUUAGUGAGUGGCUUGAAACGUUACCCAGAACACCUGAACUUGAUUUGCCCAGUGCUCUGGACUGCACAAUAGCACAGAAUUCAGAAGUGAUCACACCAGAGGAGAGAGAGGAGCUGAGGGUGUCUGUCAAGCUGUUUCUCACAGAAUCUGAUUGCUCAUCUAUAAUGAAUGCCGUGGACAUGGCAUGCGUGUCAUUAGGUGUGUCUCAGCUGGAUUCAGUUAUCAUCGCUCCUCCUCCACUGCCCGAGGGUGAGACCUUGACACUGGCUCACCUGCAGCCGCUGUGGGCCGAGCUGGAGAAAAUCGUUCAGAGCCAAAAAGCUGCUUCCAUCGGCACCUCAGAUCUGGACAAGACUCAGCUAGAAGAGCUGUACAACUGGGCACAGGUUAAACCGAGCAGUAACCAGGUAAAUCUGGCCUCCUGCUGUGUGAUGCCUCCUGACCUCACUGCAUUCGCUAAAGAGUUUGACAUCCAGCUGCUGACUCACAAUGACUCGAAAGAGCUUCUGAGUUCAGCAGGAUUUCAGGAGGCCAUGCAUGAGAGCUGCAAGGACCUGCAGGUAGCAGACUGGCGGCUCGAGUGGGUCUUGCGCUACUCUAUCAUCGUCAAGAGCCGAGGCAUCAUCAAAGCCAAGGGAUACCUCGUUCAUGCACGGAAAAGCACCAAAUAGCACCUCCUGAUCUGAGAGGAUCACGGUGCACUUCGUUUGUUUCUGGAAUUUCCAAAAUGCAUUGAUUUUUUAGCUUUCUGUAAAGCUCAUCAAUGAAAUGUUUAUACAUGAUUCAUUUUUCAUCUUCAGUGACGGCUGAAAUUCAGCUGACCUCAAUCAUACUGUGACAUAUUUUUCCAAGCGCUUGACCGUUUAUUUCUGAAAAUCUGAUCUGUUCAAUCUUUGUAUCAUACAUGUGUGCAGCCUGCAUCACGUGAAUGAUUUUACAUUCAUGGUUUCAUUUUAUUCAGAUUUUUAUCAUUAAUUUCUGGAUUUCUUUUCAGAAAUGAAUGAAAAAGAAACAUUGUAUAACACUGCAAUAGUGCUGAGAACUAAUUGAUGGGGAAGUGUCAAAAUACUAGUUAAGUGGCUCAAGUAAUCUUACAUAAAAAGCCAGAUAUAUGUUUUGGAACAUACAUAGUUUUACAAUGAGGCUAACAUUUGAUGCAGUUUUCUUGUACGUGUGACCUGGUAGUUAAGGGUGGUCCGGUUUACUAAGAAUUGGUUUGAUGCUUCAUAAAUAUUAUUUUAUUUAGGUUGUCCUUUUAAUGUCUCUAUUAAAACCCUGUUGGUGCUUUGUGUCA